UUAAUCCGACUCAAGGUUACAUAGGAAAUCCUUUUCUGACCGAGUAUAAAGAAGCUGUGUUUUGUUAAAUCUGCCUAAUCUCAGGUCUAACUAAGCAGCCACAACAUCACAACUAACGCACUGUAAAGAUAAUACAGAACAAAUUAGCGAGUGGAGCUGUAUUCUGAUCGAUGUCGAGAUGUUAUUUUCCCCAGACAUGAAGAAGUCAUCGACCUAACCAGAACUUUCCAUUUAACAUUAACAGAGCCCAGACGAAGCAUCAACAUUGACAAACAACUGCGGGAAGAACGGGUAGCUAAAGUCAAACUUCAUCUAGUAUAGUAUGAUAUAUUUAAUUCACUCUUUGGAGCACUUGAACGCCACGUCGACAUAAUUUGAUUUUAUAUAUAUUGACAGAUUAUUUUAUAUUGCCGUAAACUAUUUAUUACUGCUUUUGGUACUCUUCUAAAUUUUUGCCAUUUUGUCCUUAAUUGUCAUUUGAGACGGAUUUUGUCCUUAGAUCAAGGAUUACGAAACGAAACAUCUGGAUUUUCUGCUUCUUUUCUCGACACUUAACUACAAAUUUCCUGAUAAACGGUGCAUUUAUUAUGAUUGGUAAGAAUCGACAUCGCCAGGUUGAGCCACACUGACCAAGAAAUAGCAGAGACUGGAAGAGAAACGGACUCAAUACUUUGACCAACCUUGGCAACAUUUGGUUGCCUUUGGAGAGAGAGAGAGUGAGGAAGGACAAGAGGAAGUGAUAGAUACAGAGAGAGGGGGAAAGACGAGUGGAUUUGAAGGAGAGAGAGAGAGAGAAAGAAGAAAACAACGUUAUAGGGAGGGUGAAAGAGAGAGAGAGAGUUGUAAGGAGGGCGAGAGUGAAAGAGUAAAAGGGUAAUUAAGUAGGAGUGAAGGAGAGAGAGAAGAGUUGAGUGUCGUUAAAAGAAAGGGUAGAAGGAAAUAAGAAAGAAGAAAAAAGGAAAUCGACGAAGCAUUAAAAGCCUGGAAUAUUUUAGGACAACGAGGAAAUAAUAUUGGAAUAUUUGAGGCAAGAAAUAUUCGGUGAACGGUUGGAUAAUUGAGAACGUUGCGAAGGAGGAAAAGAAUUAAAGGAAGAAUCUUCCGAUAAGGAUGUGUAUCAAAAGCUGUGAAGAAGCGAGGAGAAAUUCACUGAAUAUGGCUGACAACGAGGAAUCUCUUGGUGUCGUCGGCGGUGGUGGUCACGGCGUAGGAGGAGGAGGAGGCGGCGGCGGCGGUGGCGGUGGAGGUGGAAUGAAUCAAAAUACACAACAGACUCUCACGAAUGGCAGCCCUACAGGGAUUACUGAACACCACCACCACCACCAACAUCAUCAUCACCACCCGAUGAACAACAACGGUAACAUCAUGACGAGCCAUAAUAAUUCCACAGCAACCAAUGCUGCUGCUGCCUGUUGUAGUGCCGAAAGGAACGGCGGAGUCCAGUCGCUCCACGAUGACCACCACCACAACAAUCACCAACCUCACCAUAUCGAUCUAGGUGAUGAUGACGGUAUCGAUGAUGGCGUGGAAGAUGAAACCGAUGGGGACGUGACAGCAUCCCUGCCCAAAGCUCUCAUCGUUACAGGGUUAGACACUGCCAUUUUCGAAGAUAUAGACUGCAAGGAAGAAUUUGAGAAUCUCUUCAAAGCCUUUGAUGAUUCUGUGGAUGUUCACUAUUUGAAAUGUUUUCGACGAGCCCGUGUUGUAUUUAGUUCUUCACUGGUUGCCGCCACAGCCAGAAUACAUUUACACGAAACAGAACUCGGAGGCAAAACACUUAAAUGUUAUUUUGCACAAUUCCAGGAAGAAUUUGAGAAUCUCUUCAAAGCCUUUGAUGAUUCUGUGGAUGUUCACUAUUUGAAAUGUUUUCGACGAGCCCGUGUUGUAUUUAGUUCUUCACUGGUUGCCGCCACAGCCAGAAUACAUUUACACGAAACAGAACUCGGAGGCAAAACACUUAAAUGUUAUUUUGCACAACCAACCAAAUGCCUGGGCAGCCAGCCUCUUCUCCAGCCUCCAAAGCCUGUUCGACAACACUUGAUCUCUCCCCCUGCUUCUCCGCCAGUUGGCUGGGAGCCCACACUUGAGACAGAACCUGUGAUAAACUAUGACCUUCUGGCAGCAGUGGCUGCCCUCAGUCCAGGGGAAGCCCACGAACUCCAUCCACCAACAGAGAAUCAACCAGGUAUUGUCGUCCAUAUUUGUGAGGAACCAGAGGACUUCAAAGAUUUAGCCAAACCAAAAAUCGUUCAAACUAUGUGUCCCGACAGAGUCAACUAAAUGUGAAAAAUAUUUUAAAAAAUGGAAAAAAAAAAAAAAGGUUUAAAAAUGCUCACCUUCCUCUCCUUGAACUGAUUUUCUGUGUUUGUUGUAAAAAAAAACCCUGUUUCUCUCUCUUUUUAAUCUCUCCUUCCUCUCCACGUUACUUUUUUUUUCUCUCUCCUCCUUUCUCUCCUCAAUUUUUUAUUAAAAUGUUUCCUUUGUAUUUCCUGUCCCUUGAUUUUAUUCUCUUCAACACCCUUCUACGCUAAAACCAAUGUUACUAAUUACUGCUAUAUUUGCUAAGACUUUGCUUGGACAGUCACCUAUCGUCCCCACAAAACAAAAAAAUCUCCCCCUGCUUCUCCUCUUCCUGUCUUUCUAAACAAACAACCAGAAAUUCCUUUCACUUCUACCAGCAACUGGAUUGGACCAACCUUACUUUGCCACUGUCACUACCACCACCACCACCACGACCACCACCACCACCUUCACCAACACCAGCAGCCAGUAAUCUCUUAGUAUCCAUCAAUGCCUUUAUGUAAAAGCACUGUCAUAUUGAUAAUUUGUGGAUUUAUCUGUCUAUUUUCCUCUUUCAACAAGGCACAACAAACUGUAAAUUAAAAUUAUAUUUUAAAUUUAA